GUACUCAUUAUUUGAUUGACGUUUCCUUCAUCAGGUUUUGGAAUCAUGACCAAAAUCGUUCGUCCAUUAAUGUUAGUAUAAAAGAGAUAAUGUCUUACUGAGAGAACGCGGAAGGUCGUAUCGGGUUGGGAUCCCAGUGUAUUGACGGAACAUUGUGAUCGUUUAAAGCAACGGUGUGUGUAAUUGACCGUUAUAAAGGAGGUAAAGCGAGCACCUGUUGAUUCCCCGGCACAGGUAUCACAGAUCAAUGUUUAAGGAGGAAGGCCGAUAAUGUACACCACCUGUCCAGUGCGUAUCGACUAGAGCUUUAAAGUGAUCAUGUCCGUGUCUUACGAUGUGAUAAUUGUGGGCGUGGUAUGUGGCGUAGUCGCGGCCCUCAUCCUUAUCGCCGUGAUGUGGUGGUGGUAUUGUAACCGGAAACGGAAGCGACAGUCGAGCUACGAACAGAUACUACCAGACCGGAAACAAAGUAUUCACAUAGAGAACGGAACUUUAGUAGUCAACAUGAAACAGAUCCCCUUCACUGUGCCAACACAAUCCACGCUGACAAGGAGGAUAGAGCGAGGAUCAUCCGAGGAGUUUCGGUCCGGGGGAGGAGUAUUAUCGGAGCCCACGUCACCCCUAAACGUCAAGCGUCCUUCUGUUGAAAUACCAGGUGCCUAUGCCUUGGGGUCUAUCGAUCCCAGUCUCUACAAAAUAGUUGACGAGGAUGACGAUUAUGAAAUUCCUAUGGAUCAUAUCGGAAGGGUGUGGUUUGCCGUUGAAUAUGAGAGAGAAACGGAAAAAUUACUGGUGACAUUAAUGAAGGCAAAGAACCUCCCGACCCGGCAAUAUGGCAAUAACAGCAGUUGUGACCCCUUCAUAAGGUUGUAUCUGAUGCCUGAUGAACGUCGAUAUUUACAAUCCAAAUUCAAAAAGAAGACCUGCAAUCCAAAGUUCGAGGAAAGCUUUGUAUUUCAGGUAUCGUACAGAUCACUACAGGAACGGGUGCUGAAGAUUACAGUAUAUGACGUAGACCGCCAUAAACGUCACAACGUCAUAGGGCAUGCCCUUUACCCGCUUAAAGAACACGUCGCUGAAUGUAACGAACGUCUUGUCAUUUGGAGGGAUCUCGAAAAGGAGGUCACUGAGUCGACGGCCGACAAAGGGGAGUUACUCGUGGCACUCUGUUAUAACAAUCAUCUGGAGCGUCUGACAGUGGGCGUGUUGGAAGCCCGGGACCUCAAGUACGAAAUUCAACCCAGUGAUACUUAUGUAAAAGUGUGUGUUCUAGUCCAAAACAGAGUGGUCAAAACGAAGAAAACAGAAGUGCUGAAGAAAACAGACAGCCCUAAUUAUAACGAAUCAUUCAUAUUAAAACUUCCGGUUACAAGUUUGGACUCCGCCAGUUUAAGCCUAACCAUCAUGCAGCAUUCCAGUGGCCAUAAAGAUAAAAUAAUAGGACGAGUGAUUUUGGGGUCUUUCAUGUUUGCCAGAGGAAAGGAGUUGGAUCACUGGAAUGAGAUGGUGGCCAAUCAGAGAGACCAAGUAACACAGUGGCACGGGCUGGUGUGAUUGUCGUGUGUCUGUCAGUGCGUGUCGACUGCUUCUUGGGGAAGGAGAUGGUGGUCAUUGAAAGAGAUCAUGUUCUAGAUAGGAGCGUGCUAGUAUGAUUGUCUGUGUGCCUGUGAAUGCGUGCCGACUAUUUUGUCAAUUGAUCUACUGCCUUUGCUUUCAUAUAGACACAAUAUUUGCUGUAAUCAUAAAAGCAGACAUGGGUACCCGUGUAGCUUAAAGGUCAUAGGAGACUAUUUUCAAAAAGAAAUUGUUUUGCCCGAAAAUGUGUUCGUUAAUUACUUGACAUAUGUAAAUAAGUCAUUCAAAAAAAAUCGUAAGGUAACAGACGCUACAGAUCGUCAAAUAUUGCUGUGGUAUGAAGUAUGAAAAUAGUAUGAUGACUUAUCCCCCUUGCUUGAUGACGUCAAGAGAUCAGCUUGACGCAAAAGUGUAUUUGUUUUUACCAACAACUGCGGGUUUUAGCCAUCAAAAUGUUCAAUGUGUUUGCAUUCAGCUGUAAUGUAGCAAGUCAGGUAUUUCAAUAUACCUUCGUCCAAAAGAUCCAAAGUUCAGAAAGACUUGGGUGUGAAAUCUACACCGAGAACAGUCUAAGUCGAAAUUGUGUGAAAUUCAUUUUACGGGGGUUGAUUAGGAUCAAUUUCGUUAUCAUAUACACCCUAGCAAAAAUUAAUUGGUAGAAGAAAUUUAAAAAUCUUCAAUCAGAUGCAGUUCCAACUAUUUUCGACUACGGACCAACUGCAAUAUUAGGAGAAAUAAACCAAUCUUUACGGUCAUGCAAAAGUUGUGUGUGAUUUUGUUUCUAAUGAAGCACAAAUUUGCAUGUAGUGGUUUCCUUAUUGGGGACAAAAGAAAAACAAAGAUACGUUAAAUCUUGAGUAAAGUGAUAUUAAAUUAUUCUUCAUAUAGGCCCUAGUGUCGCAAAUUAUAUUGUAAAAGAAUGUUAAGUAGCCAUAUAUAUAUAUAUAUAUAUAUAUAUAUAUAUAUAUAUAUAUAUAUAUAUAUGAUAAUCACCUGUUAAACUAAAAUAGCUGCACACAAUAGAUAUAAAAAAAAUCCUAAUAAAAUAAAUUCAAAAUACAGCGUUCACGAUAUGUGCAAAGGAAAUUCUGAUCUGGCUAUAAAAUAUAUCCGAGUCAAGUGGAAUUUAGGCACGUAGAAACAAAGGGGGAUGAGGGGUGCCCACCUGUUUUGUCAGUCAACCUUCAACUUGACCACCCCCACUCACCCCAAUGCUGCAUGGUGUUAGAAAUAUUGCAUGUAAUAACUAUCUAUAUUUCUCAUAUUGUCAUUAGGGAAUGUACUCUGAAAAUUAUCAUACAUUAAUUCAUCAUUAACCAGUCAGUAUUAUUUCAACCGAUUCGGAAUAAAUAGGACCUUGAUCUAUCUUCGAUCUUGUUCGUCCUCCGAUGAAUAAUCGUCGGUGUGACAAGCAUUUGCAUUAAUUAUGAGUUCAAAGUGAUAUCUUGUUUUACAAACUAUGGCUCCUCGAUCAAAAACUCCUCCGGGUGCGAAUAAAUCGUCUAUGGGUGUGCUUUUGUUUUGAUUCGCAUAUCUGAGUGUGGUCUCUUAUGACGUCACACACUCAGGAACGAUAAUCGGGCAAUGAUUUGUCUAUUAUGGAGACAAAGGGUAUUGUUAAAAUCCGUCUCCUAUGACCUUUAACAACCAUGAUUUGAUUGUUGACUGCGAGACAGUUUGUUAGAUGUACAUGUGACAGCAUUCUGUACAUACCUUUUUGAAAACACUAGGCCACAUAUUUUAAGAUCAUAGAAUCGCCACUAAUUAUAGACAAAACACUGUGUAUUCGAUAAUUCAUAUGCUCACAAUUUUGUUAUAUUUUGUUGAUAUCUUUUGAUUUUCUUAACUUACAAAAUAAACUUUGACAUUUUU